UGAAAGGGGUGGAGAGAAGGGGGCGGAAAUGGGAAGAAUGUGAGGAAAAGAAAGGCUUGGAAGGGGACGUAUGGUGACAGCAGCAGAAAGAGAAAGUUACUGGGAGGAAGAGGAGAAGGAGUAAGGCUGGCAGUAAGUGAAGAGCAAGAGCAGGUGGGAGAGGAAGAAAGCUGAAAGCUGACACAUGGCUAACUGCUCUCAGUUCAAGAAAGUCUAUCUCAGGCUCCUCUCCACUUGCCUUAUACACGUCAUCAAAGCGGUACCCCGCUGCAGUGUCACAGAAUGCCUGGAAGGAACCUAUUGCUGUGAACCUGAGUCUAAAACCUACCUGGACUACAGUUGGUAUGGGCCCCUGUUCAUAUGCAUGCUGGUAGUGUUCUCUGUGCUCUGUCUCUGCGGGAUCUGUAAUAAUGGAUGCCAGUCCCAGUCUCGUUCUGCACCCCCGUCUCCAUCUCCAAGAGGAAUACCCAUGAGAGAUAUGUGGGCACCACCGCCUUAUAGUGAAGUAACAUCCAAACCUUUCCUUUACCCCCCCAGUGAUGCCAGUCCCCCGUCCUACCACAGUGUCAUCCAGGACCCAAGGACACCUGCCCUCCAGCAAGGAGAAAGCUGACACCAGACUAUGCUGAAAGUGGUGCCCACACAAUAGGUCAUGAACAAAUGAUAGAUCAGCUGCAGUGCUAGGAAAGACCAGAAGUGGAGCAUAAUAACACUUCAUGGAAGUGGCAUAACGAGCUUCUGGAGGAAUCACAGGAAGAAGAGGAAUGAAAAAUGGAAAUCAUAUGGAGUAAUAGGAAGUGUCAUAUGGAGGCGCUUAAUGGAACACAAGGUAGUGUUAACUGUAGGCGGUAUUUGG